AUGACAGUGAUGUGGCAGCUCUUGCUCCUGUGGUGGGCAUGGAGUCCUCUGUGUCUGUCAUCCAGUGUAAGCUUCAUUGGUACACCACAACAGUGUCAGAAGGCUCAAUUCGUCCCUGGUUACAAUCUGGGUGGGGAAGGCUUCGACAUUGUCAAGAUGCAACGGAAAGGUUACUAUGUCAUCGACACUGAAACAUGGAAACUUGACAAUGGUGCUUGCAGGCUAUACCGUAACCGCUACAUGAACAAUGAGAACCAGAAGGUCCCCGUUGCUGUAGUGGACUGGAGAAUCCUCCCGCAGUGCAGUUUAAGGGUCUCUAGUAUAGUUUAUGACUCUGUUGAAGCUAUCAUGAAUGAUUCCAUUUCAGCUGUGACCAAUGAUUGGAAAACUGACCUUAAUUUGACGGUAAAACCCAGCACAGUUUUUGAGCCAAUCUAUGGAGGUUCCCGCUCCAAAGAAUCAACCUUUGCCAUGGAAAAGUCAAAAGAAGACCGCUAUACCUUCUUUCACCAUUCUGUUGACUGUAACUUCUACCGCUAUGGACUGGCAGCAAAACCUCCCCUGAAUCAUGAGUUUGAAUCAGCUGCCAACUCCCUUCCUUCAUAUUCAAGUAAAACAGAGACAUUAUAUCGCAAUCUCAUUGAUACAUACGGUACACAUUACAUCACACAAGUGUCUCUGGGAGGGGAAAUAAAGUCAGUCACUGCUCUCAGGACCUGCAAGGCAACCAUGAAUGGACUGUCGGUGACAGAGGUCAACGACUGUUUGUCAGUUGAGGCCUCGGCUGCAUUUGCACAUCCUAACAGUAUUAAGUCAAUGAUACAACACUGUAAGGCAAAGAAGAAGAAGCUCUCUAUCCCAAGUUUCAGCAGCAUGUUUAAUGAGCGUACAACAGAGGUAAUUGGUGGAAACCUAGUUGGAGAUGAUGUCCUCUUUCAAGGGAAAUUAGACCCCUCUGUCUAUAAUACCUGGGUUAACUCAUUGAAAAAAAGACCUGAUAUUGUCCAGUACAACAUAAAGCCUCUGCACACCAUACUGCCAAGUGGUCAUCCAGCCAGAGCCGGACUGAAGCAAGAGGUGGAGAAGUACAUCAAGAAAAAUGCAGUGUUGAAAAAAUGUUUAGAAUCAUGUCAAAUUGGGCACAGAUCUAACAACAGGGAUCGUUGUGCUUGUGUUUGUAACGGUAAUCAGAAUGUCAAGUCAAACUGCUGUCCUGCUGGGAAAGGUCUUGCAACAUUAUCAGUUUUCGGGCUUUAUGCAAAGGGAUUGUAUGGUGAUAAGUGGACUCAGACUGAUGGCUCAGUGGAGGUCAAAUAUGGUGACCAGGUAAAGCGCACUGCCAUUAUAUCAAACAAUGAUAAUCCUAAAUGGUCAGAGAAAUUUUCAUUUGGACCUAUUGUCAUCAACAAGAAAAACAAGCUUAGAUUCAGUGUUUAUGAUGAAGAUACUUACUGGAACAGUGAUCCGCUUGGUAAAUGCUCAUUUGAUCUGCGUAGGGGGCAUGUGAGUGAUAACUGCAUGUUAAAUCAUGGUACCUUCUUCUUCUCCUACAUAGUAGAGUGCGCACCAAGUCUUGGUGGUAACCAAUGUCAGGAGUACAUACCCUCCCCUCUGAAUUCCACCAUGGCCAAGGUCUUCUACACCAGAAAUGGGGUCCUUCUUGGAGAGACAGGGAAGCAGCGUGCUAAAUCUCUCAAGUUUAGGCCAGCUGUUGAGCUGAAGUGA